AUAAUUCAAAAUUAGAAAAGGACAGAUCAAUAGGAAUGCGAGGUGGAGGCAAUAGAGCAUCUCAAGCUUUAUAUAGGCCAGGAAGUGGACCUCUUCGAAAAUCAGGAAGAUCUACAGAUGAUUUAGACAAUGAAAAUAUCUCACAGGAGAAAUCUAAAUCGAGCUCCGUCCAACAUCGCUUAAAACAGUCACAGCUCAAUAGAUCCAAUCAAACUCAAAAUAGUCCUCCUUCAUCUCAAGUUGAAAAUGUGACAGAAAAAUUAAAUGAUCUAAAUAUUAACUACAGAAGCAAUACAAACAUUGAACAAGCACAAAGUUCUUCUCAAAAUAGUAAUACUGGAGAUUCAAGAAGAAAAACUAAAAAACCAGAACAACAGUUAUAUGUUCCUAAAAAAGUAAAAGAAGCUUUGGCUGAACAGGAUGUAACAAAUAGAUCUCCCAAUCAAGGGGGUUGGGAUCGAGAUCAAGAGAGAGAGCAUAGUGAAGAUCGUGAUUCUCAUUCCAAUCGUAGUCAUAAAAGUGAUAGUCAACGUAAUCGGUCGAGUGGUCAUGGUAGAAGAGAUAGUGAAAGUGGAAGUAGAAAUCGAGAUGAGCAUGGUAAAAGAUAUUCCGGCAGUCGUAGAACUCGCCAUAGUAAUGAAAAUGAAGAACGCUGGCGGUCGGAUUCUCCUUUAUCAAGCAGAGGAUUUAGGAAAGACAGUUCUCGCGAAGUUAGACAGGGUUCAGAACCUCUUUUUGUAACAACGAAUCAUUUAAAUGAUUUUAAUCGUACUAGAGAUACACGUAGCGUAGAACCUACAGUACAUUCAGAAAAAUUUCAAGGCAAACCACCAUCAGGCAAAUGGGGUGGUACAAAAGAUAGUUUGCCGAAAAAUAUAAAAAUAGAGCACCUACCACCUAGAUUACAAAAAAAAUAUUUUUUGGACAAUGGCCUCCCUUUACCACCAAGUUCAUCACCAUCUGAAGAUACAUGGAAUAGUAGUAAUAUCUCAUUCCAGGCACCAUCAAAUUAUAAUUUUCCACCUGCAAUGCAACACUCACAAACGAUGCAAAAUUUACCUCCAUCUGGUCCAUUACCUCCACAAAUUAAUUGGUCUAAUACAGCACCGCCACGAACUAGGGGUAGAGGUAGACUUAAACCAGAGGACUUAGAAAGUUCAACAAACAUUUUUAGGUGUGUUACACCUGAUCAGUAUUCAGCUCCAAGUUCCAGAUCUCAUACGCCAAGCCAAGAAUAUAUGCAAAGAUCUUACGAUCGUCGUGGCAGUAACAGUACUAUGUAUACUAGUAUGGAAAGUUUAAGUCGAGUAGAUAGUUCAAUGAUACCACCGCCAUCAUCAGCAUCGCCUGUUACUUCAGUGUCCAAUAUAAACAAACGUCAAACAUCGCCUGAAAGCCAUCGUCGAGGAAUUUCUCCGUCUGCGACUUCUUAUCGCACUCAAACGCAACGAUCUAGUAAUACAUCUGAACGAUCUAAUAAUACAUCUGAACGUAACACAUUACAAGAAAAGAAAAACGAUCAACAAAAUUCAAGUGUUAGUCCACCAAAAUGUGAAUCUGUCAACACUGCAUUAAAUACAUCAGCGGAACAUCCAUUUGACUGGAGUGAAGAAGUUGAAUUAAGCGAGAAGCUAGAAGCUGAGCGUGCAAGUCGUAGUUCAUCUGUACUGAGUUUACGUGAAAAUGUUAAUGUAUCAGGAAAUGAAACUACAACAAGUAGUCAUAGUCGACGUAAAAAAAAAAAGCGUGAAAGGAAACAUGCGGUAGAUCGAGGGAGGAGUAAUAGUAGAGAUAAAGUUCGUGUUAAUAGUCGUGAUCGACAAAAUAAUCAACAAAAUAGGGAAAAUGACAACUAUAAUAAUAAUCAAAAGAACAGUAGGAGAUAUGAUCAUAGAAGACAUCGUAAUAUUAUACAGCGUAGCCGAGAAUCUAGCAAAGAUAGAAAUUAUCGUGGGGGUAAUCGAAACUUUGAUGAUCUUCAUCGACAUAGAGCUUCUGAUCGAUAUUUAGAUGAAAAUUGGAGAACAGGUAGAAAAAUGUCAGUUUGUGAUUCUGACGAUGGUCGACAAACACCUAGUGUUUCUUCACAUUCUGUCUCAUUAUCAAAUGCUUUGACAACACAUCAAACAUCACCUAGUGGAUAUACAGGUUCUCAACCACCAGGUGUUUUAGUGUUACCUGAUACUAGCCAAUCUCCACCUAGCCAUCAAAUUUCAAGGCAACAGGGCGUGCAACAACAAAGAACGUUAUUUGAUCCCAAUAAUCCUAAUAAACCAAUAGUUAUUACUUCGCCCAGUAGUAGAGCAGCGGUACAAAGAGAAAGUGAAACUAUAUCUCAAGGUUCAAGUAUACCAGUAUUUCAAUCCCAUGGAGGUAUCACUUCUACCCAUCAUAGUUUUCAGGGAACACACUUAGAUGGUGUGUCACCACCAUAUAUGACAAAUGACCAAUUUGGAAAUAUAAGACCUUCGUGGUACGAUCCUUAUUCUGAUAGUUUCCGAUUAGCCAAAAAUCCUUACUUACUUUUGGAUAUAGAACGUGCUGAUUUAGAAUUGCAAUGGAUACUAAGCUCUGGCGGUUUUACAACAAAUUGGGAGAGAGUUUUGUACAUACGACACUUUCUACAAGAAAGCUUAAAGACUUUGCUUGAGACUGAUAUUAAAUUUUGUCAAGCUGAGAAUGUUGAACAACACUUUUGGAAAAUACUUUUUCAUAAUAUGAUUGAAAUGCUGCGAAAAGGCAUGCCUAAAGAAAAUUCUGAAGGCCGAGAACAUUAUAAAAAAAUUAUGUUAAAAAUUAUCGAUGAUGGUACUGUAUAUUUAGAGGGUUUGUUGACUGUUCUUGAAACCAAAUACGAAUUUAAAUUAGAUACAUUUCUUGCAUCGCCAACUUUGCCUAAGGGCCUUGGGAUCUUAGGCUUAGCCUUAGUAAGUGCGCAAAAAAUAUAUCUAUUUUUGGGUGACUUGGCGAGAUAUAGAGAACAGGCAAAUGAAACAAGUAAUUACGGAAAGUCUCGGCAAGACGGAAAUUAGAUGCAGUAUAUUAUUAUAUGAGAUCUCUUAUGGCAUCUAAUCCUUUCAUGUCUGCGAGAGAGAGUUUAAUAGCACUUUUUGAUGAAAACAGGAAAAAGUAUGAAUCAACGGAACGGAAACGGAAAGAGGAAAGGGAAUGGAAGGAACGGGCCAGGAUGAAGGAGAAAGAAGGUGCAAACAGCAUUGGUGGAGGAUUGAGGAGAGAAAUUUGGAUUCAUCCUGGUGGAAGACGGGUUCGUCGUACAACUACUGCAGCCACUGCCAAUGAAGCGAGAUUAUCUCAUAGUGAUUUAGAAGAAUUGGCACAAUUAAGCAGCGUCGAGGUAAAAACGACACGAACAAAAUUACUUCCUUUUCAAUUAGUACAUCCUUUCCUUUCUCAUGUCUACAUAGAACAAGAUAUAAAUCACGUUUCAGUAAUAUAUUUUUGAAUCUUUAAAUAAACCAUUGAAUUGAAUUUUGUAUGUUUCAGGUGAAUAAACGAUUCGUCACCUCUUAUCUUCACGUUCAUGGGAAGCUGAUCAACAAGAUAGGG